AUGGAGGAUGCAUCAGUAAAUCAUGUUUUUAUGAUUAGCAAGAAUAACUAUACAGACGGCACAAUAUACAAGGGCCAGUUCAGACGUGACAAGUUCGACGGAUACGGCGAGCUUGAGCAGCGAGACGGCUCCAAAUACAGUGGCCACUUCAAGUCGGGAGAGUUCGAAGGGCAAGGCACCCUGGUGAAGUUCGAAAGGGGCAAAAAGGCAUACCAGUAUGAGGGUGGCUUUGCUGCAGGACUCUUCGAGGGUGAGGGCAAGCUCGUGUACGCGGGCGGGAACAGCUACGAGGGCGGCUUCAGGAACGGCAAGAAAAACGGAAGAGGGAUUUUCAAGUACGAGAGCGGGGAUGUGUACGAGGGGUGCUUCAGGGACGACGCCAAGGAAGACACCAACUGCACCAUCACCAGGACCAACGGCACCAAGUACGUGGGCGGAAUUGUGAAUGAUAAGUACCACGGACGGGGAAGGCUGGAGAAAUCCAACGGAGAAUACUAUGAAGGAUAG